AUGCAUGCCCGCAACGAGACUCCGCCCCCUCGUCGCUGCCCCACCUCCGGGGACGAGUGGACCAGAUCUCCCGUGUCGAAGAAGGCGAAGGAGGAUGAGCUGAUCACGUCUCCAAUUGGCCAUGGAAAGGCUUUGUGGACGCCUGCACAGGAUUCCUGCAUUUCCUCGCAAUCGUCUCCUUCCACACGUGCCUCCUCUUUGCUGCUCUCGCCAGCCUCGCAGCAGCGCAGUGCCGGCAAGGAGAACCGUGCGCCGCGGAUCUCUGGCACGCCAAGCCGUCUGCCCACAGUGCAGGAGAAUGAUGGGAUGCCAGUUCCGGAGGAGGUGCCUUUGGUGGCCGCGCCGCUAUCGCCAGUCAACAGGCCCAUACCAGGGCUGGACUUGGUGACUGCAGAUCCGCCUGUGAAGAACACCUUCAUCCAUAUCGAAUCUCCCAACAAGACGAGGGCUUUGAGAUCCCCGCCGAAAACGGAGCCGCCGUCCUUCGCGCCCGAGUCGGGGGAGACUCAACACUUCCAAGGCGUCCCUUUCCCACCCGCGGACCCGGCGUGCCUUUCCCUUGCGGGCUCCUUCGACGCCGUCGGCGACCAGGGAUAUGGAUCCGAGCGAGGACUGACCGUCCGGAUUUCCGAUUACCUGCCAGAGCUGCCCGAGGGUCCAAGGCAAAGCAAGGGUUUGCCCCUGCGGAUUGCGGACUACAUGCCCGCCGCUUGCCCCGAGCAUGGCAUUGGCUCUGACAUGGAGGGGAUGCCAGGAAUGGUCUAUGGAGGGCAGGACAUGUACUGCUACCAGACGCCUUCGUAUCAAACGGAGGCCCCGCAACAGCUUCCCGCACAGAUGCUCGCAGCGUUGCACUCGGCCCCGAUGGAGCAGUUCAUGGCCCAGCUACAGGUUGAUCCCAUGCAGGUGCAGCACUACGUCGCACAGAUGCUGCAAAUGCAAGGGCCAUCUCCGCAAUCGCACGGCGACACGAUGCCGGCGCAGCAGCAUGACGACUGUAUGUGGCCGCGGUCCAUGCAUCCCGGUUCCGGCCCAUCGAUGGGGCCAAUGGGCGGUGGCUUCUAA